AUGCAGCCUGCCAAACUGCCGGAUGAAGGGCUGACGGUGAGCGUCGUCGCAUUUGAUUUGCUGCCCGAGUUGAGGAGCCAGGGUGGGUGGAUGGUGACGGUAGAGAGAGAGAGUGCCUAUGUAAUAAGUCACGGUAAAUGGCGGGUUGCCUGGCCCGUGCACGGGGAACGGGGCGCCAUUGAGAAAUCCAAUCCCAUCCAAAAUGCGCCUAAGCGCGUCGACACCUCGAGAGAGCUUCGUCCAGCUGCCGCGCGACCUGGACUAAAUUUUCGAAUUGCCUGUAGCUUCUCGCCCUGCUCGUUGGUCUUUGAUGUGAAACGGCACCAGAACCUCGACUCAACCUGUCUCUCUCGUUUUCCUCCCAUUCCUCAGCUCGCGCCCGACCGCAUCGCAAACGCCGCCAUGUUCAGGCUCUCCGAAUCCAGCUCGCCUGCGACACCGCAGAGGAAUCAGCGCGCCGGCGCUGGUCCUUCUCUCUUCUCCUUCGGCGCCGAACACCCGUCAACAACCCCAGCGGGCCCGCCGCCGCCGCCCUCCUCAGCACCAUCCUUCACGCCCGCCGGAGAGCCGUCCCCUUCAUACCUCCAGAGCUCCAUCAUGGCUGGCGCAUCAACCUCGUCCAAGGUCAAGGCCCCGAAUUUUGGAAGGCCCAAUCUGGGAAACUCAUCCAAGCCACGCAGCAGGGGACCUCUCGCAAGCUCCAUUCGGGGCACGGGGGCACGUCAGCCUUCGGGCUUGAGCAAGCACUCCUACUCCGUGCUGGAUGACCUGAGCGACGAUGAUGAGGAGGAGGACGAGGAGGAUGGUAACGCACCCCCGCCUGCUCGAUCAGGAACAUACGGUAUGCAAUACGAUGACAGCGAAGAAGAGGACGAGACGGAGAUGGACGACCAAUACGAGCAGGAGGAAGACGAGGACCAGGACCAAGAUCAGGCGAUAGAGGACGAUGAAUACGAAGAGGACGCCGAGGUAGAGCAAGACGACGACGCAAUGGGAGAGUAUGACCCUGACUACGAUAUCGAGGAGGAGCUGUUGCAGGAGAUUGCUGCCGAGGCGUCGGGAGACCACUUUGGUGGAGAUGACAUGGACCUCAUCAUGAUGGCCACACCCGCAGCAACCCGCAGAAUGCAACAAGAAGCGGAUGAUAUCUUCAGGGCCUCGAACAUGCGCUCUACCUACGGCCCACGACGGGAGUUCAACUUCGCAUCCGUUGCCAAGGACCUCUACAGCCAGCUCGGCUAUGCGCAAGUCACGGAACCAUCAGAUGUGCUUGUUCCUACCGAAGAGAUUGUCAGUCGCCUUUACGACGAUGGUGUCGGAGCCGAGGACGACGAGGAGAGAUUGGACGACAGUUUAGCUACCGCUGCUGGCCGACUCGUCGAAACGGUUUGGGAGCCGUACUCUGCCUCGCUCCCCAAGGGAAAUCAGGAGCAUGAAGCCAAGGUUGGACCGGGACCAAAUACCCCUGACUUUGAGAAGGCCUCGUGGAUCGCUGCCAUGGUCUUCCGCCUGCACCACACUCCACCUCUCAGAGACCAGUUCGGCGGCUCUCAGGUGGUUCCUCUACCCCUCGUGCUGUUCAAAUGGCAAGACGACUAUCACGACCCGUCCAAGGACCAAAUAGAAAGCAUCAGAUACCACCGGCCAUGCCCUGCCGCGCACAGCCUGUUCUGGCAAGGAGUCUACAUGUCCCUGAUCCGCGGCAACGUAGAAGCGGCUGCGAUUCUGCUGCGACGCGCAGACUGGGAGAAGGUUAGGAAAGGCCCGCGAGGCGAAGCAGCGUAUGCUGGGCACGUGCUAUCCAACAUCAAUCGGGUGGUCGAGGACGUGUGUACGCUCAUCGACGCUUGCCCCGGUAUGAAGGACGAGAACUGGGAUAUUCGCAGCAGCGACUGGACCCUCUUCCGAAUCAAGGCCAAGGCGGCCAAGGAGACGCUCAUCAACUUUGCCGAGGGAAAGGACAGGCCCCAUCGUCCUUCAAGCCGUUUCAACGACUCUGAACUCGAGGACUCUCGGGGCCGCGGACCAACCCUCACCGGCCUGGCGAGAAAGGCAGAAAGCAGGCUGCCCUGGGAUAUCUAUGAAUCGUUACAGUCUCUGUACUCGAUCUUGAUUGGUGAAGCCGAAGCCAUCACGGCAGCUGCUCAAGACUGGUGUGAAGCAACUGUCGGUCUUUUUGGGUGGUGGGAUGAUGGCCACAACAACCGCAAGCUUGGCGCGUCAUUCUCGCGGUCACAGUCACUUGGAGCCCAGCCAUCGGGCGACGAUGACUGGCUUGAUCGUUUGGCCUUGUCCUUCCGUGCUGCCAUGAAGUCGGAUUUCCACUUCAACACCCUUGAUCCGGUGGAGGUCUGCAUCGCCUGCACUUUUGAGAGCAACGUCGACGGCAUUAUUGGAUUUUUACGUACAUGGUCACUUCCCGUGGCAUCGACAGUCGCCGAGAUAGCGUCGCUCGGUCGAUGGCUCCCUCCUCCAGAGCCCCAAAACCUCAUUACCAUGAGUGGCUUUGGAGAAGAGGACCUCGCAGUUUUGGGCUUGAACCAGAGCACUGGCCCCGACGAUGUCGAUGGUAUCAAGGACUCGACUUUAAUUCAGUAUGCACGAGCUUUGAAUAAUAUCCACCAGCUUUCCGGACCCAUAACCAAGAAGAGCGGCAUCACGACCAGAAUCACCCGAGAAGGUUGGGAGAUGGCUGUCCAGGUGGUCGGACGCAUGGACUCCCCCGAGCGGUCGGAGGAACUUGUUAAUGAGCUGCUGCAAAGUAUUCUCGACAAGAUAGGCCCUGACAGUCAGGCCACUGUGGACAAGAUUUGGGCAUUACUCAAUGAUCUUGGCAUGAUCAACUUUGCGGAGGACACAGCUGAGAAAUAUGGUGACAUUCUAAAGGAGGACACAUACCAAUUCGGUGACAUGCUUUGGUACUACGCCCUGGCUCACCGUCCUGGGAAGGUUCGAGAUGUGCUUAAUGGUCUCAUGUCGAUUUCCCUGGCUGAAUCGACUAUCUACCCCCCGGAGAGCGAGCUGGACAACCGUCUCCGGCUCAUCUUGAAAGAGCGCAACACGACGCUCGAGCAGUUUGCAAAGCAAGAUCUCGAGGCGGCGGAUCUGCUGGGUAAAAUGCUCAGUGGUUAUGCCACGCUGCGGAAGUUCUACGAAAUCAGAGACGGCAACGGCACAGGCGGUGCUCGGUCUAUUGCACGACGGCAGCAAGCUGCAACGGCUUUGUCGUUUGUCAUCGCUAGUGCAGAUGACAACAUCCGCGGCGGCCUCUAUGACGACACUCGCGACGCUGUGGUCAGUGAGGAUUUCAUCCUUGCUCUGAUCGGAGAAGCUUCUGUCUUUGUCAAUCAGAGCCCUGCCGUCCUGAAUCAGGACCAGGUCGAUACCCUGCUCAAGGCAGUGGAGGACAUCCAGACCGUGGGGUCUAGGGUAUACGAAGCCGCAGACGCCUUCUUCCAGAUCGUCAUGUCUUCGGGCCACGGAAAGGGUUCCACGCCGGCCGACCUGAUGAAGAAAUCGACCAACUCCCUGAACGGCAGCUUCGUCAUGACGGGCAGUUCCAUGAUGGCGUCCCAACUGCACAAGUCCAUCCGAGAGAGCGGCGUCCUGAAGGGGCCCAUCAAGCGUGCAUGGGAUUGGCGUGUUAAUGUGCUGGCGGGUAGCAGCUCGGAGGACGUGCUCAAGAAGAUUAGACUUGGCCUGACGAAGGACUUGGCAAACCUGUGGCUGGAGCAGGCGGACAGCAUCAUCAUGUAA